CCGGAACCUUGGAACUUUCAAGGUUAUUCAAACAUCAUCUUCAAUUUUGAACUAUAUAUUUCUUUCAUAUUUCUUUUAUGCCCUAUAUCGGAGCGACAGCAGUAUUCCAGCGCGUCUGGCCCGGCAACCCUGGACAUGCAACCUAGUUUUUCUCCGCAACAAGGAAUCCAGCGACUGCCUUUCUGGAAAGCUGUAGAUCGUCCUGCCCAGCCAACGAUUUUUCUUAGACAUGAUGACGAUCUCAAUUGCAGAGUGACGAAUGUUAUCGUUUGGCGCAUGGGUCCGCAGCUGCGCUUCGGCUGCAGGUGGAGUUUACUCAACGUCCCCAAGUUUUCCAGGACGACGGGCAACAUAUCUCAAAUCAUCCUGGACUAGCUGCUUGCUUGACAGUCAGAAAGUAUACAUUUCAUCGCAUCUCACUUCAUUGGAGAGAGCCGAACAAAAACGGGGACGUAGCUCGGUUACAGGAAUCAAUAUCCAGGAAAAGAAAACUAGAUCGAAGUUGUAGGUCCAGUACCUUCAACGAAAACUCAGAUUGCACACUGCUCUGUCCAAGGUACAAGGCAAAAUUCGACCAGUGACUCCCAGGAGGGCACCUGCAUGUUAGUAACAUCGUUUUCACGCAGAUUUUUGGAUUCCCAUCUCGAAGCUUUCUCCAAUCUGAGUUCAAGCUCCCCCCCCUGUUUCCGGGAAACACCCAAUCACCACUCGACCUCGUCGCUAAGCAUUUCCUUUCCGUGGUAUCCCUGCUGCGCGGUAAUGUCACUAAGUUAACUGAGAUUCAUGUUCCCCGCGUGGGAGUGGGUGAUGGCACGCGGGAAUCUAUAAAAUAAUCCGGUCCUCCUGCUCUGCUUCUUACCUGUUACAACCUCUUCACAACACAUUUUCACCACCUACAGAAUCUUAGCCAUCAUUAUCACUUGUCUUAUAGCCGCACCAAUGUAUUUCAAUCCAGCCGCUUUACUUGCGUCGGCGCUGCUAUGGGGUUCCUCCCUGGCAGCGUCCUAUCCUAUUACUUCUCCAGAUCCGUUUAAAACUUAUGUCAUUUCCGCGCAGAACAUUCAGGCGACAUUAAUUCCAUAUGGCGCCACCCUGACUUCACUUUUAGUCAACGAUCGGGAUGGCAAGCAGCAGGAUGUUGCCGUCGGUUACGAUGAUCCUAAACAAUAUCUAACCGAUACCAAGACCAACCAUACCUACUUUGGCUGCAUCGUAGGAAGAUACGCCAAUAGAAUCAAAAACGGCUCCUUUGAACUAGACGGUGUUAAGUAUCCCAUUACCAAAAACGAAAACAACGACACCCAGACUCUCCAUGGAGGUGUUGUUGGGUAUGAUCAGCGUCCUUGGACCGUGGUAAAUCACACUGAGACCUCCAUUACCUUCAGUCUCCUCGACACUGGCUUUGAAGGUUUCCCUGGUGACGUUAUCACAUAUGCCACCUACAGCGUCGGUUCAUCGUGCUCUAAAGAAAAGACGAAAUGCGGAACCAAAUUAACUGCAAAAACCGUUUCUCUUGCCUUGACGAAGAAGACACCUAUCAUGUUGGCACACCACAUUUACUGGAAUCUAAAUGCGUUCAAAAGGCCCAACGUGUUGAACGAUACUACCUUGCACCUGCCGUUGUCAAAACAAUUUAUCUACAUCGAUUCCGCGGCGAUCCCAACAGGCAGGCUCGCAGACACCGCAACGACAUUCGACGGUGCCCUUGACUUCACUCAGCCGAAGCUCAUCGGCAGAGACAUCGCCUCGGCCAAGAAUUGCGGUGCCAACUGCACAGGGUAUGACAACGCAUUCAUCAUCGAUCGCCCAGUUAAUGAAUCAGACUGGACCUCGUCCCCUGAAACUAUGGCUGUCGCUCUGAACAUGGCUUCCAGUACCUCCGGCAUCAGCAUGCAAGUUACCACGAACCAAAAGGCCAUCCAAAUAUACAGUUGCAAUAAUCAGGAUGGGACAAUUCCCGUCAAGAAAUCUCAGGUUCACCGGAAUAAAAUGGAAGGCAACAAAGAGAGUGUAGACGUUAUUAACCAAUACGGCUGUAUUGUUAUCGAGACCGAGAGCUGGAUUGACGGCAUCAGCAACCCUAAAUGGGGCCAAGACAACUUCCAGAUCUACUCUCUCGACACCGGACCAGCCGUGAACUGGGUUACUUUCGCUUUUGGAAAUGUUUGAAAUGGAUUUUGUGAAAUCUAGGACUCGGGGUUUUAAACGGGCCAACCAGAUUUUAGGCCGAAAAGGGGGUAAAGGUUAUCCUUUCACAAUAUUUCCUUGGUCCGUUUCCCACGUGUUUUCUCCUGUUAUUUCUGGUCCUUAUCCCUUUUAAUUUUCCGCUGGUUUUAUUUUACCUGUUCCUUUAAUUGGCGCCGUUGUGCACUUUAAUUCUUAAUCAACCUUAUCUAUCAUAUAGAUAGAUACCUACUUCUGUAUCGAUAAUUUCCUUUGUUCCCUUCACCCGGAGGUACUCAUGAUCGAUGGCGCUGUUUCGAAAACAAGGGAGAAAAAAAAAAAAAAAAAACAAUCAGUAUUUAAUUUGUAUAUAGGGAGCAAAAGCAAAUGUAGCGUUUUAAUACACAAUGAUAUUUUCAUUAUAUUCCUAUCCCUGA